AUGGGCAGGUUAAUGCUCAAUGUCGGAGGACCGGGAUGGAAGGCUCGUCGCCUCCACGCGGGAGUGCUAAACUCGGUGGCGCUCUACGGAGCGCCGAUUUGGACCCAGGCUCUGGCCGUCAGUCGCCCUAUGCAAACGCAACUGCGCAAAGCACACAGGGCGCUGACGGUCAGGGUUGCGAGAUGUUACCGAACGGUAUCUCACAUGGCGGCGACGGAUCUGGCGGGCAUGCCCCCUCCCCGGGAGCUCCUGGCCCUGAUGUACAGGACAAUGUAUGUCAGGAAGCGGGAGCUCCUUCAUAGGGGGGGAGGAGUGCGUGAAUCGCUCGCCGGAGCCUUACGAAGGAUGAAGCACCAGGCUCGGCAGCUCCUCCUCCAAAGAUGGCAGAGGAUUCUGGCAGGAACCAAAUAUGGGAGGAGGACUGUCGAGGCCGUCCAGCCCUGCCUGGAGGAAUGGGUGGGCAGGGACUUCGGGAUCUUAACGUUCAGGAUGGCACAGGUGCUAACCGGAUACGGAUGUUUCGGUAAGUACCUGUGUCAAAUAGGAAAAGAGCGCACAACGCAGUGCCACCAUUGCGGCAACGACUCCGCGCAGCACACGCUCCAGGAUUACCCUGCCUGGAGCGCAGAGCGCGGAGUCGUGAUCAGGGAGAUAGGGCGUGACCUCUCGCUCCUCACAAUUGUUCGGGCUAUAGUGGGAAGUAAGAGAAAAUGA